GCUAAAGGGCGUACGUAGAGGAUCAUAGCCAUCGUGAUCGUCCUUUCGUCCGUGGUACUAAACGUAACAGACUUAUACUCGUCACAACCGUGGUCGUUCCAACCUCAAUUUUUUCGUGUGGUAAAAGGAAUGAUGUUUCUUCUUGUCGUGCACUCGUUUUUCUGUUGGUGUUUUUUUCUCUGUUUGCUUCGUCGACUUGCUUUUUGGUUUUCAUAUUCAUUCUCAUUGUCUUUUUCACAGGUCCCGUUUACACUUGUCCUCAGUGACAGCAGAUAAUCGCACUGAGGGAAAUAUCUUGUCGGAUACAAGUUCAAAUACUUCCAUCGUUGGUUCUGUUGUAGUAGAACAAGCAACCGCUAUUGAUACUUCACCCAAAUCAUAAACAUAAUACGUAGUGCAUAUUAUUGUAUUUUUCAACAUCAGUACCUAUAUUGGUGACAACGCGGUUUCGCUAUGUUGUCAAAAAUGACGCAGAUGACGCUCGUUCAACGCCAACGCCGCCGCGUGGGAAACGUAAACGACCACCGUAAGAGUCGUGCGACUGCCGUCAACAUUGCGCUGCUUCUCUGUUUCGGCUCUGCGGCGUUGCAAACGGAAGCGAGCAGGCUAAGAACACCAAGACCAGCGCUCGGGCAAACAGUAGAGGACGAGCAGCAAAUACGCACGGAGAACAACGGUCGACGCACAUCCCAAUUGUCGUUGCUCCGUCGCAGGAGACAUCUGCUCGACGUCGAGAAUGCCAACAAACUUGCCUCCUCGUCCAACAACGCACUGUCCCCCCCGUGUGACGGUUCGUCCUUUUGCGUCGGUCAACGCCUUGCAGCUAAUUCACCACAUGUAGAAACAGUAACAAGGACCACCAUUUCGCAGCAAGGUGGUGGAGGUGGUGGUGCUAUUCCUACAAAUCGCAACCAAGGCCUCCUCUCCGCGACAGAAGAGCUUGCUACUCCUGGUGGUGCUAGUAUUCCUACAAAUCCCAACCAAGGCCUCCUCUCCGCGACAGAAGAGCUUGCUACUCCGCUUCCGACUUCUACGCAGAGUGCCUACGCUCCGCUUGCGACUUCUACGCAGAUUGACUACGCCGGAAUCCCGAGUCGCUACACGCUCGCGCUCGAUUGUCCAGGGUCGGACCGGGAGAAAUUUUUAGAUUGCUUCGUGCCCUACAAGGACAGAGAUCCGACGGAAGGCAAUGUUGACUACAUUCGGGGGUGGGACGAGUUUCGCGACGAGCUGAUCACCGUCCAGGCAAACCCGACGAACCCGGCGAAGAAGCAGAUCAGUAUCGAUUUCAAAACCGGCGCGUUGAACGGCGCCGACAAUCGCCCGGCGAUCCGGCUCCACUCGAAGCUGGGGUUCGAGUAUGGGUCGUUGUUUGUCGUGGAUGUGGAGCGCAUGCCCGCGCUAGACGGGGUGUGGCCGGCGUACUGGACCUGCCACAAGGGUGGGGUGUGGGGUGGCAAUUGGCCGGGGUCCGGGGAAUUUGACUUGAUGGAGCACAUCCACGGCCGGCGCAUGGACCAGAUGCGCACCACACUGCACACAGACUUCGACCAGAAAUGCGAAGUGUCGAUGGAUGCCGGGAGUCCGGGCAACCUCGGGCCGGCUGGAACCAGGGACCUGCGGCUGCAGCGCGGAAACUGCGAGGGCUACGAGGGAUGCGAAGUAGACGCGAAUCAGGUUCCGAACGGGCGCGGAUUCAACAUUGCGCGCGGUGGGCUGCACAUCAUGGCAGUCGAGGAAGAUGCGGUUAAAUUCUGGUGGGUGCCGCGUGACCAGGUCACCGAUGCAAAUUUCCCAGAUGCGGACACGGCGCAGGGUGCGUUCUGGGAGCAGAAGCUGCAGCAAAUCCAACCCUACGUGGUUUUUCCGCUGAAUCACCAGAACUGUCCUUCGCGUGCGCUCUUCAAGACCCAAACCUUGAUCAUCAACACCACCUUUUGCGGCACCUGGGCGGGCGAGGAGUAUCAGCGCGGCGGACUCGCGGCCUGUGAGGCGCUCGUGCGGAGUGACCUGUACGGAAAGCCGGAGCAGAAGAACGAAAAGGGUGAGGACCUGUGGGACCAGGAGGGGGGUAUUCGCACGAAUUUUGUGUUCAAUUCCAUCAAAAUGUUCGCGAAAGAUGACAACAGCCCAGCCUGGGAUCUUUCCAAGCCGUUGCGCUAGGAGACGAGGAGAAACGUGCAGUGAGGUUUCUUUCCCUCGUAUUGUACUAUUUUUUUCGAUCAUUACAACUUGAACUUUCACGACCCUUUGCCUUUUUUUCGAAACAAGCCCAAGGACUACAACUCCCACCCUGACGCAUCGAAUUCCGAUCACACGACGCUCCCCCGUCAUAAUCACCCCCUUCCUGCAGGCACAAAAAUGCGAUUGACUUUCAGAACUCUUGCAACGUAAAAGCGUAAAUGGUGGUGCUCAC